AUGGCCUCAUUUGCGCGCCCGUCUCUGCUCCGGCAGACCCUUGCGACUCGGUCGCCUCUUCUCCGCCAGAAUGUUGGCGUGUCGCAGGCCGUCGCCUUCCACGCUUCCGCGAAGAAGCAGAUCCUGCCUCCGUUGCCGCAGACCAUCCAGGGAACCAUGAACGACCCCGUUCCCGUCCCCAACCCUCACCCCUCUGAGGGAAGCUACCACUGGACAUUCGAGCGCGCCGUCUGCGUCGGUCUGAUUCCCCUCUCCAUCGCUCCCUUCGCCGCUGGCUCCCUCAACCCGGUCAUGGACGCCGUCCUUUGCUCCCUCCUGGUCGCUCACUCCCACGUUGGAUUCCAGGCCGCCAUCAUCGAUUACUUCCGUCCUCAGCGUGUUCCCAAGUUCAACUCUCUCUGCAACUGGCUCCUGCGCGCCUUCACUCUGACCACCGCCGUCGGUCUGUAUGAGUUCGAGACCAACGAUGUGGGUAUCACCGAGGCCCUGCGUCGUAUCUGGAACGCAUAG